ACAAACGCAUGAGUCGAAAAACAAAAACUCAAAGAUAAACUCGAAAAACCAAAAGGGGAAAAAACAAAAAUCUCAUUUCUGUGUUAUAGAUUCUUCUUCCACAGAUCAAAACCAUGGAAGCUUCAGCUUUAAGCUCUGCAGCGACAAGCAUCUCCUCCUCAUCUUCACCUCUCUCCAUCUUCUCUCCGAAGAAGAGAACAGACUCAUCAUCAUCUCCCAGAAUCGUCCGUCUCUCGAAGAAGAAAGAAGACAACGAUUAUGAUCCACAACAAUCUGAAUCGAACUCAUCAUCAAGCCUCGUUCCUCUUUUCCAAAAUCGAACUCUCUCCAAUGAUGAAGCAAUGGGAUUGGUGUUGAGUGCAGCCUCUGUUAAAGGCUGGACAACAGGUUCAGGUAUGGAAGGACCAUCCUUACCAGCUAAACCCGAUGGUACAGAGACGGUUUCGACGUUUCCAUGGUCACUAUUCACGAAAUCGCCUCGUAGGCGAAUGCGUGUUGCCUUCACUUGUAAUGUUUGUGGUCAGAGAACUACAAGAGCUAUUAACCCACAUGCUUAUACUGAUGGCACUGUCUUUGUGCAGUGUUGUGGAUGCAAUGUGUUUCAUAAGCUUGUUGAUAAUCUCAACUUGUUUCAUGAAGUUAAGUAUUAUGUGAGCAGGUCGAGUUUUAACUAUAGAGAUGCUAAGUGGGAUGUUACCGGGUUGAAUCUUUUCGUUGAUGAGGAUGAUGAUGGUGGUAAUGAUGGUGGUGGUAGCAAAGACCAGUUUCCUCUGUAAAGAGGUUUGGAGUUUGGACCUAUGUUAUUGUUAAUAACCUUCUGUACAAUCUUGUGAUUAUCUGGUGUUUUAUAUAUCUGUAUAUAGCUACUUUAUGGUACCAUCUUAGUAUGAAUAACAUUUGGGAAUAAUAAAUUGGUCAUGUUCUGAAUUUA